AUGACAUCGAAUGGACUGCCCGUGCCCGCUCAGAACAGCAACUACAUGGAAAAUGGCCGGUGGUAUCAUGGCUUCCGGAGAGGGCUCUACAUGUACCCGUGCGACGAGCCUGAAAAAGACCGCAUGGACAUUUACCAUCAGUUUUUUGCCGUAGCACGGAGAGGCCAGCUGCACCAGGCGCCCGUGCCAGUCCAGCCACAGCUGCAGCCCCGCAUCCUCGACGUAGGCUGUGGGACGGGCAUCUGGGCAAUUGACAUGGCCGACAAAUACCUAAACGCCGAGGUUCUGGGAUUAGAUCUCGUCAACAUCCAGCCCGAGAAGAUUCCCCCCAACUUGCGCUUCCGUGUACCACGCGACUACGAGAGCCCAUGGACGCUGGGCGAGGACUCGUGGGAUCUGAUCCACCUGCGAAUGGCCUGCGGCAGCGUUACGAGCUGGCCAGAGCUGUACCAGAAAAUCUACUCCCACCUCAAGCCAGGCACGGGCUGGAUCGAGCACAUUGAAAUCGACAUGGAGCCCCGCUGCGACGACUACACGCUCCCGCCAGACAGCAUGCUCUGCAAGUGGUACGGGUGGCUAGCGGAUGCCACGCAAAGAGCCUCGCGACCCAUUGCAUACGAGCAUCGCACUCGGCAGCUGCUGCAAGCCGCGGGCUUCAUUGAUAUCCAGGAAACGGUUAUUCGCGUCCCCUACAACACAUGGCCCAAUGACCCGCACCAGAAGGAUAUUGGCAGGUGGUACAACCUGGGCUUGACCGAGGGCCUGGAGGCGCUAACGUUUGCCCCUCUGACCAGAGUCUACCAGUGGGACCUCAACGCGCAUGUGCGGCCAAUAAUUGAGAGCGUGCGCAGAGAGCUCUGCAACCGCAAAAUCCAUGCGUACAACAACAUCCACAUCUGGACAGCCCGGCGCCCACAGCAAUAG